AUGGAAUUAGUAAUAAAGACACCCUAUAUAGAAAUAUUUGAAAAAAUAUUAAAGUUAUUUGCAUCCAUUUCUGAAAAUUUAAAUUUUCGAUUGACGAUAAAUAAACUAGAAUUGAGUGGAACGAAUAACAUAAGUAACCAUUUAAUAAUAACUAUUGAUAAACAAUUCUUUAAAUUAAGUAAUGUAAAUUAUGAUGGUCAAAUGGUAGUAACUGGGACUGUAAACUCAAAAGAUUUCUAUAAUUGUAUAUUUAGUAAUCAGAUAGUUAAGGCAUUAAAAAGUCAAGGAAGUUAUGCACAUAAUCAGAACAAGACUAGUAAUAAUAAUAAUGAAACAAUUUCUAGAAAUUAUAAAAAUUCUCAAAAAAAUAUCUCAAGUAAUAGUAACGAAAGCACAAGUUUAAAUGUCUCUAAAUUAAUUUUAAAAUUUAACAAAGAAAAUAAUAGUUUAGAAAUAGGAAUAAAAUUUAAAAGAUAUAAUACAUAUUGUAAUGCAAUAAUCAAAACACGAGCUUACAAUAGUCCGUUAAAAAACUAUAUGUAUAAAAAUGAAUCCAUUAUACAAAUAGAGCCAACACUUUUUCUUCUUAAUCUAAAAGAUUUAUCAAAUGAAAGAAAUAUAUUUUUAAAAAGCACCGAUAACUCAUUUAUUAUAAGUGCAUUAGAAACAUCAGAUUUCAGCUUAAACAAAGAUAAAGUUAAAAAAGAACAAUUUUUUUAUAACAAUAAAAAAAUUAGUAUACCAUUAAAUAAAACAAUAUACUUUUUCAAAAACAAAAAAUUUGAAGAUCAUAGUAUGUCUUUACCACUUAAUGAAUUAAAAAAUAUAAUUAAGUUUUGUUCUGAUUUAAAUUUAUUAUGUUUAUUUUCCACAAAAAAUUUUAAGGAAAAUGUUAUUAUAUAUUUUGGAGAUAUAAUCACAAAUAUCUUAAAAAGAAACAAAAAAAAAAUAUAUAACAUCAAGAAAGAAAUGAAUCAAAUAAACCCCCGUCCAAAUACUUAUAAAAAAAAAGAGACUUUAUGUAAUGAUAAAAAUCGUUACGAAACUGAAAGCUUUGCAGAACUUUCUUAUGAACAACAAUCAGAAUAUUCAAACAAUAAUGAAAUAACAUCAUGUAUAUAUUAUAUAUCAGAUAAUAGCAAUUCUAGUGAUGACUAUAAUUCUAGCUUUGGUGAAAUGGAAGAAGACACUAGUUUUUCAUCUGAAGAUGAAAUAAAAAAUAGUAUUUACAGAUCAAAUAUUAAUACAACGUCUCAUUAUAAUAAUAGAUAUGAUACUGAUUAUAAUGAUAUAAUAACAGGCUAUAUUCAUUUUACUUCCUUUUUUAAUAUAUCAUGCAAUUUUAAUGAAAAUACAUAUUACAAAAAUUAUUUUUCGCAAAAUAACAAUGUGGAUGUCUAUUCUAAAGAAAAGUUAACUGCACAUAUAGCGAAUGAAGAAAGGAAAGUUGCAGAUGAUAAUGCUCAUAUAGAAAAACAAAAAAAAGAAAAACGAGAAAUCUCCUUUGAUAAUUCCAACAUAAAUAUGGUUAUAAAAAAUUCCGAACAUUCUAGUAACCACACUGAAAGGAAAAAUGGGGGCCAACACAAUAAUCAUAGUAAUGAUAAAAAAAAAUAUGAACAAGAAUAUGGGCAAAAAUAUGGGCAAAACUAUGAACAAAAAGAUAAAGAUAUAUACAAUAUAUCGAACGAUUUUCUACACAAAAAAAUCAAUACAUUAAAUCUAAAAAUAAAUAAAAGUAAUGAUAAUACAAAAAAUCAGAAUGAGGAAGAAAAUAAAAGUAAUAAACAAAUGCAAUCAAAAAAUAAUAAUAUAAAUGAGCUUAAUAUACCUUUUGAAUAUUCUAAAAAAAAGUUAAAAAAUUGUUUUUUUUAUAAAAAUGAUUUUAAAACAGAUCAAAAUGAAGAUAGUAUGAAUAAACAUGGAAAAGACAUCACACUGAAUGUAAAUAAAGAAGAAAAUAUAUUUAAGGAAAAAUAUGAAAAAGAAAACGAUAAUAUUAAACAAAUAAACGAAUCUGAAUAUUUUAAUUAUGAUAAAUUUAUGAGUAAAGACAACAUUUCCGAGGUUUAUGUAAAUAUGGAUUCACAAAUAAAAAAACUUAAUAAAACAUUAAAAAAUAUAAAUAAAUAUAAAAAAAAAAAAACAUUAAUGAGCACAAAAUGGAAUAAUGAUGUUUUUUUUUCUAACAACCAUAAUAAUUUUAAAAUGAAAAGGAAGAGACCAUGUGAUUUUAUUCCAAAUUUAAACCAUAUUAAUAAAAAUGUUAAAAAUAGACAAAUAAAUAAUAAUAGAUAUACAAAUAGUAUAUGUAGUAGUGGAACUGAAAAAUAUAUUAGUAAUAAAAAUAGAGAAAUACAAAGUGAUACUUACUAUUCAUUUAGUGAUGAUAGUUUAGUAGAAAAAUCACAAAAUGAAAAUGGUGGUAAUAUAAAUUAUAUAAAAUAUUUUAAUAAUGUAUAUUCGAAAUAUGACUUAUGUAAUAAUUUUAUAAAAUUGAAAAAUAACAUAAAUCACAAUUCUUAUAAAGAAUAUGAUCCUUAUAUGGAUAAUUAUCAUAAAAAUAUAAACAUUUCACCAUUAAAUUAUAAUAAAAAUUCAAAAUAUAGACGAAUAAACACUGAUAUUGAUGAUGAAAUAAUAAAAGGUAAUACUCCAAAUUAUAUCAAUUAUAAAAAUAAUCAUAAAAUAUUUUAUAACAAUAAUCUUAUAUAUAAAAAAACAUGCUAG